AUGGAUCCCCAAAACCCGUCCUCGGCUGGGCAUAACCAGCAACAACGCCAGCAGCCCGUCUACGACACAAGCCAAGGUGGCCAUUAUGGUGCCAGUGCUGCGCUCUCCCAACAAGGCUUUGCGCCCUCAGACCUUUACACGGGAACAUGGGCCAACGUUCAUCAGGGUCUUCAGGGCAACUACAAGGAAAUUCUGACGGCUUAUUGGCAACAAACUAUCAACCACCUCGAGAAUGAUACCCACGACUACAAGCUCCAUCAGCUGCCCUUGGCACGAAUCAAGAAGGUCAUGAAGGCGGACCCCGAAGUCAAGAUGAUCUCGGCUGAAGCACCCAUCCUCUUCGCCAAGGGAUGCGAUAUCUUUAUCACCGAAUUGACCAUGCGCGCGUGGAUCCAUGCAGAGGAGAACAAGCGCCGUACCCUGCAGCGCAGUGACAUUGCCUCGGCCCUCUCGAAGUCCGACAUGUUCGACUUCCUCAUCGACAUCGUGCCCAGGGAGGAAGCUUCCACACACGCAAAGCGCGCGACAGGUCAGUCCGCCGCCGCCGCCGCGCAGGCUGCGCAAAACGCCGCCCAGCAAGCUCAGGGCAUACCGGGUGUCGCUGCGCCUAGCCAUGGCGGACAGCAUCCCAUGGCCGCUCCUGACUACACGUUAGGUGGCCAUGCCAUCGCCCCUGAGGCCGACUAUCGCCAGCAGAACAUGUACUCGGGUCAGGUACAGCCAGGUGCUCCAGCGGCGUAUGGACAGCCUCAACCUCCCAUGUACGACGUUGAUGGCAUGUACUACUCGACAAUGCCUCCUCAACAGAACGCUUAA